AUGUCGAUGGGUGGGAUGGAUAUGGGCCCAAUGGGCCAUAUGUCCAUGGGCGAUGGCGUGCCAGGCCUCUUCUAUCUCCAGAAGAUGUACUGGGCAGUGGUAGGAAGCGCCAUAGCUGCUGGGACAGUAGCUAAUGCUUUCAAUAAUCUCCUCGCUUUUCAAAGACUACGGGACUCCACUCUCACCCCGUCAAAACCCAAAUCACUAUUCUUCAACGCAUGCGCCACUCUAACGGCAAUCGUUCGAGAAGCAAGCUACGCAACGUUGCCCCCAUGGUCACUAGGAGGCCGCAUCUUCCACUUUGCUCCGCUAGGUCCACUAGCCAUCAUCUUAGCCAACCUAAUCGUGGUUCUUGUCUUCUGUUUCUACAAGUUAGACACAACAGACCAAUGGUCAUGGGAAAAUGUUGGCUAUCGCACCGGAUUUGUAGCUAUUGCCCAGAUGCCUCUGAUAUUCCUGCUGGCAGGAAGACAGAAUAUCAUUGGACUUCUCGUCGGCAUGAGUUAUGAGAGAUUAAAUUGGUUCCAUCGCUGGAUUUCCCGGACUCUGUGGCUAACGGUUACGAUUCAUAUGGGUUUUUGGUUCCGGAGCUGGGGACGCUACGACUACAUCACGUACCAAUUGAAAAACGAUCCCUUGUCGAAACGGGGCUUUGCUGCGUGGUGUAUUCUGACCUUUAUCGUCCUAUCAUCUAUGGCACCCAUACGACGACUAAGCUAUGAAUUCUUUGUUUUACAACACCUCGUGACAUUCGUUGGGUUUAUUGUUGCAGUUUGGCUACAUGCCGCGGAAGAAGUUAAGGUGUGGGUGUGGAUUUCUAUCGGGUUGCUCGUGUUUGACCGCGUCGCGCGAUACGCAUGGGCCACAUAUGCCAAUUUAUCCAUCUUUCACGGUUCCACAUCGGACACGAAGCAUGCCCUCUGGGCUAACCAGGCUUCUUUUACUCCCUUACCAGGGAAUGUCACUCGCAUUACCAUCGACAGCCCGGGCAUCCGAUGGGAACCCGGGCAGCAUGUGUUCCUGACAUGUCAUUCAAUAGUACCCCUGCAAAGCCACCCAUUCACCAUCGCCUCUAUCCCUGCGGACAACAAGAUGGAGUUUUUCGUACGCUCUGAGAAAGGAGGCACUCGGCGUUUCUUCCGUUAUGCAUCUAAGCAUCACCACGUUUUAGGCUCCGGGGAUACGGCCCCCGUGAAACCGGCCCGUACCGUGUUCAUUGAUGGACCGUACGGAAAGAUGAGGCCUCUCCGCCAGUUCGACAGCGUGGUACUGCUGGCGGGAGGAAUGGGUGUGACUUUCAUCAUACCCUGUCUGCGAGAGAUUGUGUCCCGAUGGAAAAUGGAAUGUCUUGGGGCGAAGGAGCAGUCCAACAAAUCCCCACGCCUCACGCCGACCAAACGUAUCCGUUUUGUAUGGGUGAUCAAGUCGCGGGCUCAGCUUAGCUGGUUUGAGACGCAGUUACAGUCUGUAUUAUCUGACGUAGAAGAAUGUCGUCGUGCUCAGCCUGACAUGAUCCGAGAGGUCGAAUUGAGCAUAUAUGUGACCUGUGACGAAAAGCUGGAGCCACAGCCACAACCAGCCCAGACUCUCUGCUCGCAGGCCCAACCUGAAUCCACAAUUGUCAGCACUCGUCAAGAUAUCAAAACUAUCGAACCAGCUGCUAUCACUGAUGAGAAACGCAGCAAAAAGGACGAUGUUUCGACCCAUUCGAUCUCCAAGAUUUCUUCCGCGGACUCUAUAUCCCAGAAUGGCUGCCUUCCUAAUGGUGGAUGCUGCUGCACAACUGCCAUUGAAGAUGAGGACAAUGACAGCAUCACCGAACAUAAAUGUUCCUGCUCCGGUCAUGCCCCUGUCUCUCAAGUUCCGGGGCCGGAACCAGAGAAGCUGGAUGUUAAAGCUGCACCGGUUAGGGCGCCCGAGCUCCCCAUGUUCUCCGGUCGACCGCAACCACGAACCAUCAUCCGCAAAGUCUUGGAGAAAGCCGAAGGCGAAAGCGCCGUGGUGGUCUGUGGGCCGCAAGGUCUAUCAGAUGAUGUGCGCCGGAGUGUGGUGUAUUUGAGCGACGAAAGGGCCGUACAUAAGGGAACAGGGGCACAAGGCAUAUAUCUACAUGCUGAGAAGUUUGGGUGGUAG